UUAGUUCUUAGUAUAACAUCAUCCUCAUAAUAUUACAUGGUACCAGAAGUAAACCUGUGUUUUAAAUAAAAUGGAACAACUUAGACCAUUAGAGGCCAUGAAUUUAAAUGGCAAUGUUUCAGAAAACUGGCGAAAAUGGAAACAGAGAUGGAAUCUUUAUAAAAUAGCUUCAGGAGUCAAUGACAAGAAUGAAGAUAUCCAAUGUGCCACCUUCCUUCAUAUGAUUGGCGAGGACGCUUUAAGAGUAUAUGAUACAUUUGUUUUCACUAUCGAAGAGAACGAUAAAUUAGCACCUUUAGUUCAAAAGUUUGAAUGUUAUUUCAGCCCCAAAAAAAACAUAACUUAUGAACGUUAUUUAUUCAAUACAUGUAUGCAAGACAGCAGACUAUUUACUGACUUCUUAAUCGAUUUACGAAAUAAAGCUAAAACGUGCGAGUUUGGAACCCUCGAAGAAAGCCUAAUACGUGACAGAGUAGUCUGUGGAAUCAACUCUAAAGCUGCCAGAGAACGACUACUUAGAGACACUGAGUUUUUUUUAGAGAAAACAAUCAGUUUCAUGAGAGCAUAUGAAACAUCAAAAACACAAUUAAAAGCCCUUGAAAAUACAAUCCAGGCAGAUUCUAUAAAUAAACAUGGAAGCAGACUUAAUUUCAACUCCCUAAAGAUUGAAAGACCUUCACAAAAAUCUUGCUACUACUGUGGAUCACAACAUACUACCUCGUUUUGCCCAGCAUAUGGCCUAAAGUGCACAGCAUGUGGAAAACUAAACCAUUUUGCUAAAGUAUGCAGAUCCAAAACUAAACGCUUUAAUACUAAUCGUGUAGACCAAGUUGAUCAAAAGGAAGUUAACCUCAACGUUGCAGAGUUAUAUAUUCAUCAUGUUGCAGCAUCAAUGGAAUGUCCUGACGAUUUAACAACAAAUAUUACAGUCAACAAUAAAAAUAUAACAUUUAAAUUAGAUACUGGAGCCCAAUGUAACGUAAUAUCCGUGUUCGGCAUAAUACACACAUGCCUCGUGUUAUCAUUAUUACUUGAAAUAAAUAUGGCGGUUUGCACGCUUUAAACUUUGUUGUAUUUAGUUCUUAGUAUAACAUCAUCCUCAGAAUAUUACAAUAUCUGAGCUGAAAUACGAUUGAGCUAACAAUUUAAACAUGCGACAUUGUUCAACGAAGUCAUAUAUAAAACUUUGGUGGAAUUAAAGUUUUCAUAAGAUUUAAAAUGAACGAAAUUAAUUACAAUAAUUUUUUAUUCUAAAUGUUUUCAUAUCUUACAGCAUAAAUAUUUUACUAGUUUUAAUGUACAAAACGUUUUGAAGGAAAAUAAAU